AUGUGUUUGAAAAGAGUUCUAUGCAAGAGAUCAUUUUGCAAGAGAUCAAGAUCAAUGAGUACCAAAGAGAAGGUACCUACUAAGGCACCUGCAAAAGACAAUGCAAUAAAAGACAAGACUACUAAAACCCCUAGCAAAGCCCCUAGUAAGGCACAACCUAUACUUUUAGAAUGUAGUGAAUCAUCCCUUGGUAUGGGAGAUGUUGCAAGGUUCCAUAUCCGGGUGUACAAGCGAGAACUUUCACAAGCAGGUCAUGGGACAGACCGGUUAUAUUUACGUAUCCGUAACGAGCAAAGUGUGAUGGUACGUCCGAUUUACUUAUCUGGCCCUUAUUCAUUGUACUGUGAUGUACGCCCUUACAACUAUCAUGAGGAACACGAUUUCCCAGAGGAUAUUGCAUUUUGUACAGAUCUCAAGCCAAGCGAAUCUUUUAAAGUGGUACUUUUGUUAAACGCACAAUCACGUGUGGGUAAGACAAACGAAUAUUCCUGGACUGUAGAUGUAAUGUCUCAAAUGGCUGUUGCAACAAGGCCCAAGAUCUCAUACAGUCUUCGUAUUGCCACCAAUAAGUUAUUAACUAAGAAAACAGGUACACCUACACGCACACGUGGGUUCCAUUGCAAACGUAUGGAUACUCAAGAAUUAUGGAAUUUGCCGCCCAAGCGUCCUCAUCACCCAGUACACUUGGUAAUUCUUACACAUGGGAUUUUUGCCAAUAUCGGCUGUGAUUUGUUAUAUAUAAAGGACAAGAUUGAAGAAGCUGCUGCGAUUAAUGAUAAAAAAGAUAAGAAUAAUGUAGUGGUUCGUGGGUUCAUGGGUAAUAUGGGUAAAUCUGCUCGUGGGAUACGAUACUUGGGUACACGUGUAGGUAAGUAUGUUCUUGAAGAAUAUGAUCGAUUAAGUAAAUCAUAUAAAGUGGAUCGAAUAUCAUUUAUCGGUCAUUCGUUAGGUGGCCCCACUGAAACCAUGGCUAUCCAUUACAUCGUGGAGGCUCGUCCAGAAUUUUUCAACCAACUGAAACCAGAAAAUCUAGUGACAAUGGCAAGUCCCUUUUUGGGGGUCAUUGCGGACUUCCCAGCAUAUGCGGCGCUAGCACUCGAAGCGGGGGCUUUGGGUUCCACAGGACGUGAUUUAAGUCUGCGCAGUUCUAUAGGUCCGACGGAAGAAUUGCCUGUUCUGGCAGAGAUCCCACAGGGUAAAGCACGACCUGUGUUUGAAAGUUUCAACAAGAGAACAUUAUAUGCUAAUGUAGUUCAUGAUGGGAUUGUACCAUUAAGAACUGCAGCACUAUUAUAUGUUGAUUGGAACAGUUUAGCAGAGUUUAAUAGGGGGAGACUAACGGCACCAAUAUCAGAGGGUAAACCGCCAACGCCAACGACAACGACAACACCAACACCAGUAUCAGUGUCGGAAGAAGAUCAACAACAAGAAAAACUGCAGGAGGUCUCGCCGACCAGCUCACGUAGCACAGCAGAGAUAUCUCCUGGUGCAGAGCCACCAGCAUGGUCGGAGUCACGUGGCCUGUUCCAUUCACGUCGUCGUAAGAAAUUUGGACUAUCUCAAACACUCCCAUUAACACCUGAACCUGAGACAUUGCCUAAGCCUCAGCCUGUUGAAGUGGAACCAGCUCCACCACCAGACCCAUCGCAAUUUGUUUCAGCAAUGCAUGUGCUACUGGCACCAGAACCCACACAAACAUAUAUCCGUAACCCUAGCUCACGUCAAGACGCUGUGGUACACGACCGUAUUUAUGAACCACAGGAAUUACCGCCACCACAUUACCAAGACAGAUCCCUUCUUCAAAAAGUGGUAUAUCCUAACGAACGAGCCAACAGAGUACAAGAAGGCAUUGCACGUGCAUGGCAGGAAACUAUGACGUGGCGCAAAGUUCUGGUGGAACUUCGACCAGACUCUCAUAAUAACAUUUCAGUAAGACGGCGGUUCACAAACUUGUUUGGUGCAGUGGUCGUGGCUCACUUAGCACGCGAGCAUUUCGGGACAAAUGACAGCGCAUAA